GCGGACCCGGGGGCGGGGCGGGUCCCUCCCGGCCACACGGCCUCCAUUUUGCGGUGUAGCUGCUGCAGAGAGGCCGGAGGCUCCGUGCUUUUCCUUCAGAAUGUCCUACCCAGGUUAUCCCCCUUCUGGCUACCCUGCUUUCCCUGGCUACCCUCCCACAGGACAGGAGUCUGUCUAUCCGCCCGCUGGGCAGUACACCUACCCUGCUGCUCCUGGAGGAUAUCCUCCAGCAGGAGGAGGGAGCUUUCCUGCAGCACCACCCAGUGCUGGGUAUCCAGAGGCAGGAGGAUAUCCUGCCCCAGGGGGCUUCCCUGGAGCUCCCCAGGCUGGAGGAAUGCCAUCUUAUCCUGGAGGCCCUGGGUUUGGCGUGCCUCCCACUGGCCCUGGCUUUGGUGGCUAUCCCCAGCCUCCUGCCCAAAGCUAUGGUGGAGGUGGACCAGCACAAAUUCCUGUAGGCUAUCCUGGUGGACAAGCACCAUCACCGACGCCUGGUCCGCCUGCAGCAAUGGCUCAGUACACUCAGGGCACAAUUCAAGCUGCUCCAAACUUUGAUGCUGGAAGGGAUGCAGAAAUUCUGCGCAAAGCUAUGAAGGGUUUUGGGACUGAUGAGAAGGCUAUCAUUGAUGUUGUAUCUAACCGCUCCAAUGACCAAAGGCAAAAAAUCAAGGCAGCUUUCAAGACGAUGUAUGGCAAGGAUUUAAUUAAAGACCUGAAGUCUGAAUUAAGUGGAAAUGUGGAAGAACUGAUCCUGGCACUCUUCAUGCCUAGAACCUACUAUGAUGCCUGGAGUUUACAUCAUGCAAUGAAGGGAGCAGGCACACAGGAGAGAGUGCUGAUAGAGAUCCUUUGCACAAGGACAAACCAGGAAAUACGAGAAAUAGUGAACUGCUAUAAAUCAGAAUUUGGAAGGGACAUCGAACAAGACAUCAGAGCAGACACUUCUGGACACUUUGAACGGUUACUUGUGUCUAUGUGCCAAGGUAACCGGGAUGAGAAUCAAACCGUGGAUUAUCAAAAAGCUCAAGAAGAUGCUCAGCGUCUUUACCAAGCAGGUGAAGGAAAACUCGGGACGGAUGAAUCUUGCUUUAAUAUGGUGCUGGCAAGCAGAAGUUUUCCCCAGUUGAGAGCAACAGCUGAGGCGUAUUCCAGGAUUGCUAAUCGUGACUUAGCAAGCAGCAUUGAUCGAGAAUUUUCUGGAAAUGUGGAACGUGGCUUGAAGGCUAUUUUGCAAUGCGCCUUCGAUCGCCCAGCCUUUUUUGCAGAAAGGCUUUAUCAUUCUAUGAAAGGAGCUGGCACAGAUGAUUCUACCCUCAUCAGAAUUGUAGUCACUCGCAGUGAGAUCGAUCUGGUGCAAAUUAAACAGAAGUUCACAGAAAUGUAUCAGAAGACUCUGGCUACAAUGAUAGCAAGUGAUACAAGCGGCGAUUACAGGCGUUUGCUACUGGCAAUUGUUGGUCAAUAGAAGACAGUUACCUGGUUGUUUGUUUUCUUUUUUAAAACAAACCGAAGGACAUGUAACAUGCUUCAUGCAGACACUGACUACUCUUGAGCGUAAAAGAAUAACAUAUAAUCAAACACGCCUUCUUGGUGAUUCAUUAAGCUUUUUGCACUUACACUUGCCUUAAUUUACAGCACAUAUUACUCUUUAUUGUAUAAUAAAAGAUAUAUCUUGUCUACUAGCCCUAAGCCUUAGGUUUGUUUGUUUGCUUGUUUUUUUACCCAGACAAAACCACCUCCCCUCUUACAAACUCCUGCACAAUUACUUCCUUGAAAUCUCUAAACUUAACUACAGAGCUAACUGCAGACGACAAAAAAAAAAGGUUCUCUAAUAAGAAUUCUUUUCUGUCUUCCCCUCCUAACGCUGAAAAAAGCAGCAAGUGCUCAGUUUAAGCCACACUGUACAGUUUAAGCACCUUGGCAGAAGAUGACUAUGCCUUCUCUAUGUAAGUUCUUAAAUUAGUUAUGAUUAGGAGGUAGUUAGCAUUGUGCUUAAGGCAGCAAUAGAAAGGAGAAGCAAUUUCAAAUCUAAUUUUGAAGUACCGCCUUGUAAAAAAGUGGGUUAUAUUGUUCUCUCAUUGUUCAGUAAUUUGCUGUAAGCAAACACUAACACUACAGAGCAUGUGUUAAUCCAAGUUGAAAGUGACAGCGACACACACAAUACAAAUGAUGCAGCAAUGGUUUCAGAGGAUUAAGGAAAAAAGCUUUGAGUAGUGCAUUUGUUUUUAUAGAAAACCACACUGAAUCUGUCCCCAGCCGUAAAUUUAAUGGAAGCAUGAAGUCCAGCAGCUAACAAUGAGUUUC